UCUACAAAAGAACUAGCUUAAAGAUACGAUUUUAAUUAAAUGGCAAACAUUGAGCGAUUUGGUCCAAUAUUCUUGCUCUUUCUAACUAUAAUUUUAUCGAUCAGUUCAAUAAGUUGUGAAACAAUUUUGUUUACAAAACAAGCAGCAUUGUUUGUGUUCGGAGACUCGGUGUUCGACGUUGGCAACAAUAAUUACAUCAACACAUUCAGAGCUGCUCAGGCUAAUGUUUGGCCGUACGGUCAAACCACAUUCAAGUUCCCAACCGGGAGAAAUUCCGACGGCCGUUUGAUUCCAGAUUUUAUCGCGGAAUAUGCAUGGCUACCGUUGAUACCACCGUAUCUACAGCCCGGAAAUAGCGUCAGUCAGUUUACUUACGGUGUUAAUUUCGCUUCUGCUGGCGCCGGAGCUUUGGUUGAAACUUAUAAACCACAGAACGUGAUACCGUUGGGUAGUCAGCUAAACAACUUCAAGAAUGUGGAGAAGAUGUUCAAAGAAAAAUUAGGAGAGGCAGAGACCAAAAGGAUAAUCUCAAGAGCUGUUUAUCUCAUUCAGAUUGGUCCUAACGACUAUUUCUAUCCUUUCUCCGUUAACGUCUCCUAUUUUCAAUCCAAUAGCAAAGACAGAUUUGUAGAUUAUGUUAUCGGUAAUACCACGACUGUGAUCGAGGAAAUUUACAAAAUUGGAGGAAGAAAAUUUGGAAUCAUGAACAUGGGUCGACUUGAUUGUGUUCCGGGAUUGCUAACCUUGGAUCCAAGAAGAAUCGGAUCAUGUUUCGAACCGAUCACUGAGUUAAUAAAACUUCAUAACAUAAGAAUUCCAAAUGUUUUGAGAGAUAUACAACGUCGAUUUCCCGAAUUCAAAUACUCCCUUUUUGACUCCUACUCCGCUGGAACCGAAGCUAUGGAGAAUCCCACAAAAUACGGGUUUAAGGAAGUGAAAAAGGCUUGUUGUGGAAGUGGACCGUUCAGGGGAAGCAGUACGUGUGGGUAUAGAGCAGGAACAUCACGUGAAUUUGAGUUAUGCGAAAACGUUAGUGACUAUAUGUUCUUCGAUGGCUCACACACAAGUGAGAAGGCUAAUCAACAGACCGCCGAGUUGAUGUGGGAUGGUCCAUCCGAUCUCGUUGGCCCUUUCACUCUCAAGACGUUGUUUCAAAACUUAUAAAUUAAUUAAAAGAUCGAAAUCAAUGAAUAAA